UGGUGCUAUGUUUUUCUGUGGCUGAUGCGUGUUUAGCUGUGGAGCUGUGGCUGACACUCCAAUCUCUCGUCAACCCCCAAGUCACCACUUAAACUCUUACUGCUGCUGGAGCUGACUGACGGUUAAGAUUACAUCCCAUCGCCAUCAUCCCAUAACACCCGCACCAUUCCAACCACACCAUAUUUACGCGAACAUCAUCCAACAAGCAGGCAAUAGGAGAAAGGAAUUGACACCAUUACACCUGGUUGCAGAGCAUCGUUCCCACCCCCGUCUCCCCAUCCCUUUUCCGUCGCUGACCGUCCGCGCCCCCGUCCCGAGUCGUCCUUGCGUCAACCUCGACACUUUCCACGAACUUCCCACCGCAUUCUUCCGCGGCCAUGUCUUACGGAGGGCAGCAGCAGUCGUACGGUCAGUACGGCGGGAACCCGUACGGCUCAGAAAAUGAAGGCUAUGGCGGUGGCUACGGCGGGUCAAAUCCAUAUGGCGAUUCGCCAAACCCAAGCGGUAACAACCAAGCUGCCGCUCCCGGACGCCAGCCAGAUCUCGCCGCCUACGACGUCAACCCCGGGCAGACGGGCUCCACGCGCCCCAACAUCCUUAGCGACGCCGACUUCCUCGAGCGCAUACAAGCCACGAAAGGCGACAUCAACACGCUGUCCACACAGAUCUCCAACAUUGCCACCAUGCACCAGCGCGCGCUCUCCUCCACCGACAGCACCAUGAGCCAGCAGAUCGACACCGUCGUCGAGAACACGCAGGUCCUCAACAGCCAGAUCAAGGACCAGAUCAAGUUCUUGGAGACCGACGCCGUGCGGUCCGGGGACAACAAGACGAAGCACUCGCAGGUGCGCAACCUGAAGCAGCAGUUCAAGCAGCAGCUGGAGGAGUUUCAGCGCGAGGAGAGCACGUAUCGGCAGCGGUACAAGGAUGCCAUCGCGCGGCAGUAUCGGAUCGUUAACCCUACCGCGACGGAAGACGAGGUGCAGGAGGCCGCCGAUGCGGAUUGGGGGAAUGAGGGCGUGUUCCAGACCGCGCUCCGCUCCAACCGCCAAGCACACGCCUCCUCCGUCCUGGGCGCCGUCCGCGCCCGCCACAACGACAUCCAACGCAUCGAGCGCACACUCGGCGAGCUCGCCCAACUCUUCCAAGACCUGGCAGAGGCGGUGGUGGUGCAGGACCAGGCGGUGGCGCAGGUGGAGGAGCAGACGGACAAGGUGCGCACGGACGUGGAGGGCGGCAACAAGCAGCUAGACUCCGGAAUCAGGUCGGCGCGGCGGGCGCGGAAGAUGAAGUGGUGGUGCUUGGGCAUCUGCGUGCUGAUUGUGGUUAUCUUGGCGUUGGUGCUGGGGUUGUAUUUUGGGGUGGGGAAGGGGUCGUCGAAAAAUAAUAACCAAUAGAGCGAUGGGGAAGACGUCGGUCGACGGGGGCGGUCAAAGUCGCGAGAUGGGGAGAGCUGGGUGGUGACGAUGCCCGCCUCGUCCGCACUGUAUUGAUUUUGGAUGAGACGAGGUUUUUGCGAUCAUUGUUCACGUCGGGACAGGAGACCGACGAUUUCUUUUGUUGGACGGGAGAGACAGCGGUCGAACGGGGCUUUCUAGGAGAUGAUUCAUUUGUAUAUCGGCCAGCAUCACACUAC